AUGUUCGCCACGAAGCCCCUGAGCUCUAUCAAGAAUGCCAUUCCCUCGAUUCACCAGCCGCUACCCCUCUCGUCGAAGCAGUCCAAGAAGCUUCUCAAUGUCUUGAAGACAUCCUUCCGCAAAAAUCUCGACAAAGAGCAUGGCUUCGCCCCCGAGACUACCGACUUGUCUGCGGCCAAGGCUACUUCUUUAACACACUCUCCGUCUCGCCCGACCGACCAACAUCUUCGCUCCAUUCUAUCCAACCCGCUAUUCAAGAUUGGCGCUCAACUCGGCAAUGUCCCUUCCACAAGUUCCAGUCCUAGAGAUCCGAUGGACGUCUUCGAUGAGGCAGUAUCGCGAGGCAUGAUGACAAAUCGUGCGGCACAAGGCUGUCUGAAGGCGAAACGACUGCAGAUUCUUCAAUCCAGUACCCUGUCAGUGGAGGACUCAAUGGCGGCAUCUGCAGCUGGAUUGCGGGUAGUUCAGUGGCUGAGGUCCUCUGGCCAGGAACGGAACCUGGAAUUUCUCGCCGAUGUCGGCUUGAGCCGUGAGCUCCUCACGUUCAUGGUUGCAGAGGGGCUGGAGGAGGUCGCGUGGACGUGGGCGGACCGACUAGUUCGCGGUGAAGGACCUGCAGAUGGCUCCAGCCAGAUUGUGGGAUUCUUGGUCGCCAACUUGGUGCGGGCGAAGUCUAGAUUGGAGGACCGCAGCCUAGAUACGGCAUUUUCAACAAUGCUAAGAGCGGAAACCACUUGGAAGACGAAUUCUCAACUUCCUCAGAUUCUCUGGCAACCUUUCCGCCAUCUGUCCUGGGAAGCCACAGUCGAUGCGUGGAAGCGACCACUACCCUCCGCGCCGCUAUACGAAUCCUUCGCCAGAACCGCUACCUACCAACGACCCCUGAUCAAAACUAUCAGACUCGACCGCGCACAUUUGGACCUCCACCAUCCCACUAACCCAGAUCAUACGGGGGCCUUGGCUGUGCUCCGUUGGUUCCUGGAGGAUCGAGGCACCUUGGAAGGCGACGGCCGUCUACCUAGAAGGCUGAGGACAAUGGCCAUGGAUAUUGUCACCCAUCUCACAAAGAUCGGCCGGGCUGAGAGUGCCGAUACGGUUUUGCGCCUGUUGCACGAUAACUCUUCGACCAACCCGUGGCAGCAGCCCGGGCCACUGAACGUCACACUCGGCAUCACGCCUGCCGUCGUCGCCUUGGGCCUGCCUGAGAAGAUCCAGAGCCGCGCCAUCGUCAGUCACCAAAGAAUCGACGCUGCUGGCUCUAUUCAGAUGGCUUGA